AUGGAACGCUGGCACACGAUAUCUCAGAGUCUCGCUUUGGCUAUCUUGUUUUUCCUGUUCAUCAGCACUCAUUUCUCCGUCGUUACGUCUCAACAUGCGCACCACAGUCACCAUCAACUCCAUCACCGUGGACGAGAGAUAGAGAACGCUCAAAACUCAGCGCUAAAGACAGUUAAAGAGGCUUUGGAAGCACUUCGCAUAGCCAAUAAACUCCGCGUCGAGAAUUCGCAAUUCAACAAGUAUGAAUUCAGCACAGCUACAACCGACCAUCAACAGUCAGAAGCAGUGCCACUGCUUGACUACGCGGACCCCGCAAAGAAUGCUUCUUUGUCGAAGCUAAGCCGGCGCCAGAUAGCAAAUGAAUCUGCGCCCGCCGACUCUGGCAGCAGAUAUGGCUAUACGCUCUCCCCUGAGGUCAUUCAAGCGGCGAAGGAGGUUGCAGAGUCGCAGCCACCAGCUUCAUGGGAAGUCGAUUACGCGGCCAUUGCAGCACAGAUUCGCGCGAAAUAUGACCCAGGCAACAACGACACAAACUCUAUGAUUCAAAAGCUUGUCCGACCAAACGGGCUUCUGGAGUAUACCUCAUUUGAUCAGCCAGAUGGCCUCCAACAGCCAUUCCAGAACACGAUCACCAAGCGAGCCACUUCUUCGUACUGGAUGGCUACUAUGGAGCAAAACGGAGCCAGUCCAUAUGCUCCGGCCGGGUACAAGGUUUGGCGAAAUGUGAUGGACUAUGGGGCCAAAGGUGACGGGGUGACCGAUGAUACUGAAGCCAUAAACCGCGCCAUUUCAGACGGAGGCCGAUGUGGUGCUGGAUGUCGAUCGAGCACCAUUUUCCCUGCUGUCGUAUGGUUUCCCUCGGGCACCUAUCUUGUCAGCAGCUCGAUCAUCCAGUACUAUAACACACAGCUUCUCGGUGACCCGACGAACUUGCCCACUAUUCUGGCAGCGUCCAGUUUCGUGGGCCUAGGGGUUAUCACAUCCGAUGUCUAUAUGGGCCAAACUGAAGAAUGGUACCUCAAUACAAACAACUUCCUCAGAAGUAUCAGGAAUUUCAAAAUAGAUAUCACUCGUACCGACCAAUCCGCAUACGUUUGUGCAAUUCACUGGCAAGUUGCCCAAGGUACAUCCUUGGAAAACAUUGAAUUUUACAUGCUGCAGAACGUCGAGGGAAACACUCAACAAGGCAUCUACAUGGAAAAUGGCAGUGGGGGUUUCUUGGCUGAUCUGACAUUUGUGGGCGGCAACUUUGGUGCUUAUUUUGGAAAUCAGCAGUUUACUACGAGUCAUUUAGUCUUUGUGAAUUGCAAAACGGCUCUCCAGAUCCAUUGGGACUGGGCUUGGACUAUGCAGGAUGUCGUCGUUGAAUCAUGUGGUACUGGACUGGUAGUCACUGGGGGUGCGGGGGGCUCCUUAAGCACGGGGCAAUCCUUAGGUUCUCUGGUGCUUGUAGAUGCCAUAAUUGCCAAUACACCCAAUGGCAUCGUGACGUCCCUCUAUGCGGAAAACUCAACCUCCCUUUUGUUGCAGAAUGUUGGCUUCUUCAACGUCCAGAACGCAGUCACUGAUACUGUCCUGUCGAAGGUGCUACUGGCCGGAGGCAACGAGGUUCGUAUUGACAACUGGGGGUUUGGUAGAGUGACAGACUCCAAAGGGACCAGUUUCUUUGCAAAUGCAGAGAAUAUCCCGGUCAUGAAUCGCACCCAAUCUCUCCUAUCGUCGGAACUGGCAUACGUCAAGCCAAACUUCUACACUCGCCGUCGACCCAAGUAUACGGAUGUUGGGACGAGCCAGAUCAUCAACCUUAAAACCGCCGGGGCCAGAGGAGACGGCCAGACCGAUGAUACGAGUGUCCUAAAUAGCAUCUUUGCAGCAGCGGCUAACAUGUCUGCUAUUGUCUUUAUACCUCAUGGGAUCUACGUGAUUACAGACACCGUGAGAAUUCCAGUUGGAUCACGGAUAAUUGGACAGGCAUGGCCACAAAUCAUGGCUAAAGGCUCUAAAUUCGCGGAUCCGUCGGCAACUCGUGCUGCAGUCCAGGUGGGGUCGCCGGGGGACUCUGGUGUAGUAGAAAUCCAAGACCUGCUGUUCACUGUUUCAGGAAACACUGCAGGCGCAAUCCUUGUGCAAUGGAACGUCCACGAGGCUGCGCGGGGUUCAGCAGGGCUAUGGGACUCCCACUUUCGCGUUGGAGGAGCCCUGGGUUCCAGUCUGCAGGCGGCCCAGUGUCCCAAAAAUGGAGGCAUCAAUAUCAACUGCAUCGCUGCAUCUGCUCUCCUUCAUAUCACUGCUAAAUCCUCAGUAUACAUGGAGAACGUCUGGAUGUGGGUUGCUGAUCAUGACCUGGAUUCGCCGGAGGAAGUACAGAUUGACAUAUUCUCCGGUCGUGGUGUUCUGAUUGAGAGCCAGGGCCCAACAUGGAUGUACGGCACUGCCGCAGAACAUAACGUUCUGUAUCAGUAUCAAUUAUCCAACGCCAGCAACAUCGUGAUGGGCAUGAUCCAGACCGAGUCCCCGUACUUUCAGAGUCAUCCCGGAGCGCCUCUGCCCAUCAUGACGGGUAACCUUCCGAAUGAUCCAACUUUCACAAACUGUUCGGCUGAGUCGGCAACCUGUGCAGUCUCAUGGGCCGUGCGGAUGGUCAACUCCUCAACUGUAUAUCUGCUCGGGGCUGGACUCUACAGCUGGUUUUCAAGCUACUCGCAAGAUUGCCUGGCCACGGAAAACUGUCAGGAUAAGGCCUUUGAGGUGGUUCAGAGCUACGACCUCUGGAUUUACAAUCUAGUCACCAAGGCCAUCGUCGAGAUGGUCAGUCCGGUGAACGAGUCGCCUACUUUGGCAAAAGAUAACAAAAACGGCUUCAUGUCAUCCAUCCUUGCGUGGCUGAAGGGUUCACAAGACACCACAGGCCAGAAGAAGUUCCCUGGGUUUACCAUCUAUGAACCCGACGACCUUCCAUCCAGUUUCUCUGGCGAAUGUGUCGCUGCCCUUACAGCCACAAUUGACUGCGUUGACUAUGUCUUUUCCUUCUACGAAUCAGCCUACCGUGGGGCUCUGGGAGAUGCUAGCCUCACCGAGGCAGUCUGUGACCAGGGCUGUGGCGACUCGCUCGCUGCCUGGUUCAACAAUGUACAAAAGAACUGUCCUGGAUACAAGUUGUUCAACGGACCCGUGGUCCGCUUCGGGGGCAACAUGUGGGCCGGUUGGAACGAGACCUGCUAUAAGGACCCGACGACGGGCCAGUACUGUAAUGACAUCAUUGAAAGUUUCACUACGGUAGCGACAGUAGAAGACAUGCCGCAUGACGAGCUUUGCUCCUACUGCUACGUUACAAAGCUAAAGAUGAUGCAGUCCAGCCAAUACUCAUACUACAAUGAGCUGUUCCAGCACCACCUCGAGACGGUGACCUCAAAAUGCGGCAUUUCAGCCAAUACCACCAUUCCCCCGCCUCUCACCAUCGUGGAGCCGGAGGAAGAACCUCUGUGCUUGUCGGAUAACAUCUACUAUACCAAGGACGGAGACACAUGCACGUCCAUUGCUCUGGAUUACUCAGUGUCGUCUGCUGCAUUGUACAUGGGCAACCAAGAUCUCAUUCGUAAUUGCCAGAGGGUUGCUGUUGGCCAGAAAUUAUGUCUCCCACUGUCAUGUGAGCACACUUAUGUCCUGCAGCCCAACGAUACGUGCCGCAGUAUUGAACAGGUCAACGCGCAAAUCAUGUUUGACAGCAGCACCAGGAUGAUCACUCCGUUACGGCAACUCAAUCCGUGGAUUGAUGCUUACUGCACCAAUUUACAGGAUACGGCGCGGGCAUAUAGGAGCGUUCUCUGUCUCUCUCCCCAGCUGGGAGCGUUCAAUGCCUCCGACCCGGUGAUCACUUCGCGCAACCCUUACGCACAGAGCACCGGGUACGGAUCUUACUUGGUUGAUCCGCCUGAGAACACGACUGUGGCUACUGGUACAACGCUACGGUGCGGUAGAUGGCAUGUGGCCGCGGGGAGUGAGUCAUGUGCCGCAAUCUGCAUGCAAGAUGGGAUUACCAGCUCCUUGUUCUUGGCUGUGAAUCCAUCCCUGAAUUUGGCUACGUGCGAUAAAGGCCUAGUGCCAGGUGUUGCGUACUGUACAGGGCCAAUGGCUGGGUGGAACUACACUGUAGCAUUGAGUUGA